AGGCUGCCCAGAGAAGCUGUGGCUGCCCCAUCCCUGGAGGGGUUCAAGGCCAGGUUGGACGGGGCUGGGAGCAGCCUGGGCUGGUGGGAGGUGUCCCUGCCCAGGGCAGGGGGUGGCACUGGGUGGGCUUUGAGGUCCCUUCCAGCUCUAACCAUCCUAUCAUUUCCAGCAGCUGGCAGGCUGAGGAUACUUUGUGAAACUCUUGCUGCAACAUGCCUGGUGCUUUUCUGUUCAUUGUAAACUUGUUUCCAGCAGCACCUGGACGUUACAUCCUACUGUGUUUUUUUUUAUGCUAAAUAAUCCCAGCCUUUUCUCACAGGCAGUAGUAUUCUUAAGUGCUGCAUAUUGUAAAAUUUUCCCCACUUGAUUCUACUGUGAUUCUUUCUUGAGUUGGGAUGUGAAACCUUGUUAACCUUGUUGUUUCUUAAUUACUUUAUCUCUCUCUUUUUUCUUUUUUUUUUUUUUUUUGUGUGUAAAUAGUUCCUUUUUCCUUAAUUUCAGAAGUGCCAGGGGCCAGCUCUCAUUGCUUCAGCUGUAGUUAAUGGCAGAGAUUGUUUCCUCUUGUAGUGUCCCUAUGGGUCUUUACUCGUUAGUUGCGUGUAACUUGCACAUGGUGAGUUGCAAGCCUGAUAGGUCAGAACAGAUAAGUCAACAAAGCUGAUGUAGCAUCAGUACUGGCCAGAGGUGUCCAAUCGUGUAUUCCCCCAAACCUGGGUAAGCCGGCAAGUAUGCAAAGCUGCAGAUUCAGGCGUCUCACCCUGGGGGCCCUGCUUGAAGCCUAAGAGAAGCAGGAGUGGAUGCUGUCGGGCUCUUCGUGGCAAUAGAGCCUUCGGCGUUGAACUGAUCCCAGCCCCUCAGGGAAGGAGCUGCUGAUAAAGAGCCUGCAUUGCUCUCAGGAUUUUCUGUUUGAAUUUUAGCAGGCAUUCUCUGUGGUGGACAGUGCAAUCUCUCUGAAAAUCGAUUCCGUGUUGGUGUGAUUAGAAUGAAACAGAGGAGCUGCUACUGGCUAAUGCCUGCUCUGACCACCUGGAGAACUCUCUGGGAAUGCUGUCAGCAGCUCUGGGGAUCUGCUCAUCUGCUCUCCUCAGCAGCUCUGCCAUCAGCGCUGCAACAAAGAUGUUCUGCAUGCUGAUUGAUUUCUGUUAAGCACAGACAGGACCAAAGAGAGAUGAAACACUCAGAAUAGGGAUAGGAUUUUUUUUUUUUCUUCUCCCUCAAUGAAAUACAUAUUUUUUGUAUGUGCAAGGUUUAAAAUAGAGCUGAACUCCCAAGAACAGGCUCUAGUCUCUGGAUGGAGAUUUAAAAUGCUGUAGGAGCGGGGUAGAAGCUCUGAUGGAAGUGAGAGAGUAAAGCUGAGUUUGCGUUUCUGAAAGUCUCACUUUCUGUGACCUGCUCCCUCUUUUGUUGAUUAGUUCAUAGUGCCGUAGUAAUCUUUGAGGAAAGAUGUUGUGAGGAUCCACCUCUAAAUACUUGAGAAAGUGCAUAGAUAUAUUGUAAGCAGAAGAUUGUGUGAAUACCUCCACAGAGUGAAACUGAAAUAUAGUUUUGUAUCGUCAGGAUGAGUUUAACCAUUUUUCUGUUAGAGAGCCACAGUUUCAUGGAGGAGCCACUGAAAUAAAUUCUAGCUUUCCGGAUGUGGUUCCAUAGUAACUUACUUUUUUUUUUUUAUUAUUAUUAUUCCCUAUUUUUGCCUUUAAUGUAAAGAAAUUCACAAAUAAGGUGAAACUUCUAUGUGUAUACGUACAUACAUGUGUUAGUUAAAAAUGACAUCCUUUAAGUCACGAAGACAAUGUACCGCUGCUGCUGUAAACCUUUGCAACUUCUUUUCACAGCUUAAGGCACUAGAGGAGUUUUUAAAGAGUUAGUGCUAUCUCAAAAGAAAGUUCUCACAACUGUGUGAACUAGCAACGCGUCCUGAACGCGCUGGUAACCUGUGUACUCUCUGUAACCUAGGCUGUCAUCGAAACCCAGGAGAGACCCAGUUUAUGGACAGAUUCUUACUGCUACUUGCUACAAGCUUCUUUCCUCUGUGGACUUCUGCUUGUUCUGCAGUUGGAUGGAGAAGUAGCCUUGCUCCUACGCUGCCAUGGGUGACCACUGCUUUUGUGUAUUUUCCUAGCUGCUGAAACCACCGGGAUUUAGUGAUGGAGGCUUUGCUGGAAGGAAUGCAGAGGAAUGGGCAGGGGAGCGGUGGGUUCUUGACUUCCUGUGAGGCUGAGCUGCAGGAGCUGAUGAAGCAGAUUGACAUUAUGGUGGCUCACAAGAAAUCUGAGUGGGAAGGACAGACACAGGCUUUGGAAGCUUGCCUGAGUGUUCGAGAGCAGGAACUUUCCUCUGCCAGGGCUGCUCUGCAGGAAAAAUAUAAGGAGGUUGGCAUGUUGCGUCACCAGGUAGCAGAUGUGGAAAAAGCCAAACAGGACAUGGUUAGAGAAUAUGAACAACAACUGAAGAAAUUUCAAGAGGAGUUGUCCAGGCUGAGGAGGAGCUAUGAGAAGCUGCAGAAGAAACAACUAAGAGAAACUAGAGAAGAAGCUAACAAGAGACAAGGGGAGGACCAGUUUGAAAUGAGCCGACUGACCAGGAAGCUGGAGGAGUUUCGUCAAAAAUCACUUGACUGGGAGAAGCAGCGCUUGCUUUACCAGCAGCAGGUGGCAUCGCUGGAAGCACAGAGGAAGGCUUUGGCUGAGCAGUCUGAGCUCAUUCAGACUCAGCUUGCCAAUCGGAAGCAGAUUCUGGAGUCGGUGGAGCUGGCCAGCCUCUCGGAAAUCCAGCACUUAACCAGCAAGCUGGAGAGGGCCAAUGAUGCUAUCUGUGCCAACGAGUUGGAGGUGGAGAGGCUUAACAUGAGAGUGGAUGACCUGACUGAAAACAAUCGGAUGGUUCUGGAAGAUCAGCAAAGACUUCAAGAAGAAUUAAGGCAAUCCAAGAAAAUGUUAGAGGUGCUACAGGAUGAGAAGAUGGAACUUAGAGCCACCUUGCAGUCUCAAGAAGAUUUCAUUGACAGCACCAAGCUGCACCAGGAACACUUACAGAAAGAGCUGGCCAGGGUGACAGAAACUCUUCGCACAAAAGAACUCCUCAUCAGGGCUUUGGAGGAACGCUUGCAGGAGAAGCAAUUGUCUUCCCCGGGGCUAGAGCUGGAGCAUAUACUGCUGCAGCUGGAUGUCGCCCAGAAGAAGGAACAGCACUUACAGUCAGAGGUGACUCAUCUUGAGAACAGCCUGGUGUCUUCAAAUGCAAGGUGUGUACAGCUGAGUGAAGAGCUGGAUGAGAAUAUCAAAGAGCUGCAGUCAAUGGAAGAACACCAUACUGAGUCAAAAGCAGAGAUUAAAAAGCUGAAAGAGCAGCUCGCUCAAGCUGAACAAACUCGCAGCAGUGAGCUAGAAGGGAUGAAAAGGGAAAUCUCCAGGUUGACACAAGAGUUACACCAGCGGGACAUCACAAUUGCGUCUGCAAGUGGCUCCACAUCAGACCUAGAACAACGGCUGAGAACAGAGAUUGAAAGAGCAGAGAGGAAAGCAGUGGAACACAGGGUCAUUCUGGUCCAGCUGGAAACCUUGAGGCUGGAAAACCGUCAUCUCUCGGAGAUGCUGGAAAAAAUGGAGUGCGGUAUGCUAGAGGGAAAAGAUGUCACCGCAGGAGCACUCAGUGAAGACUAUGCUAUUGAACUAAAUAAAUUAAAAUCUGAGAACCAGCAGUUGCGGAAGGAUCUAGCAGAGGCCAGAGCAAAACUGGAGCUCGCACAGCAGGUCUGCCAGGAGGAACUCGAGGGCACUGCUCAUCACGUGCAAGACGAGGAGCCUGAGGCCAGGGAUGUGCAGUACAGGACAACUCGGGAAGCACAGCACAAACAUGAUGAACAAGCAGAGAGAAUACACCACAAGCCUGAUGGGACUGUUCAGCAUCAUCAAGGGGAGCCCCAGAGAUGGGGGGCUGCUGAAACGGGAACUGUGUCCCCUGAGACGGGCGAGCUGCCCACCCACACCAGCAGGAAGAACUCCACGGAGUCGCUUGCUAUGGGCACCUCGCUGGGAACAGAUUCUUUGCUCCACGUGCUGGACGGAAACAAAGAUUUUGCAGAUGAAGCAUCUAAGCAGUCCACCUCAAAUCAUCAGAGAGAAUCUGUGCCUUUGUGUCCCCUGCCUACGGCUUCAGUUGGAUCGAUAGCUGCAAGAUACCUGGAAGAGGAAGAACUGAGGUCCCAGCACAUCCUGGAGUGCCUGAAUGCUCACAUAGAGGAACUGAAAAAAGAGAGUGACAAAAUAGUCAGGCAGUUUGGACACCAGGAGUAGUGUUUCUCACUGAAUUUGAAUGCUGGCUUACUUACGUGGUUCCAGACUGUGACUGGGGAGGUACAGUUGCCGUUGGGGAGCUUGAGUGAAAGUCUGUAUCUCCCACUUUGAGCUGGAUCAGCAGGAUGGACAUUGAGGAAAGGAAACUCCUCUCACAUGUUUGAUCUGAUGGAGGGUAUCGCGCCACAAACCCUUCGGUCUGCUUGCUGUAGGUCAGAAAGCCGCAUCAGAGGUGUGUGUUUGUGCACGCAUUCACAAAGAGAUUGCAUUUUUUAGAAAUGAGGCAUUUGCUAAUUUUAAUGUAAAGUAUUUUAUGUAUGUUUUAUAUGUGUAAAAGCAUUGAAA